UAAUGCAACGAUUAAGCUCACACACACUCAUCUUCCUUAAUCCAUGAUCAAGGUUUUAAAAAACUGUCCACCACCAUAAUAAUUUGGUAUUAUAUCAAAAGAUUUUUUAACUGUUUGUAAUCGCAAUUGGAUCUCAUCGAUCCUAAUUGUUCUAUCAUCUUCCACUCUUGAUGAGUAAGCUAGUAGCAAUGCUAAGAGACGAAAGCGUGGGUUCCAGAAGUGCCAGGCACAGCGCCUCCACCGCCACCGUCUCCAACAAGGUUCUCGUCGCCGUCAAGGCCGAGAAGGUCAUCUCCAACACCGCAUUAGCCUGGGCUUUAACUCAUGUCGUUCACUCCAGCGACUCCAUCACGCUCCUCGCCAUUUACUCUCCUCACAAAACCGGCAGAAGGUUCUGGACUUUUUCUAGACUCGCCGGAGACUGUACGAACGGACCGGCGGGAAAGUUGCCGGAGCGAAUUUCGGAUAUCUCCGAGUCCUGUGCUCAGAUGGUGCUUCAGCUGCACAAUCAAAUCGAGGUUAGGAUGAAGAUUAAGGUGGUCACGGGUACUCCCAGUGGUGCUGUGGCGGCUGAAGCUAGAUGGAGCGGUUCCCAUUGGGUCAUACUGGACAAGAAAUUAAAGCAAGAGGUAAAGCAUUGCAUGGAUGAACUCAACUGUAGCAUAGUGGUGAUGAAUGGUUCGCAGGCAAAAAUCCUCAGGCUUAACUUAGGGUCUAAUUCCAAUGAACUCCAAACUCCUUUUUUCUCUGCUACCUCUUCACCAGGUAUUGAAAUUGAAAAGCUAAAAAGCAGGAGAUUGAAGCAUUCUACCCCAGUAAGUAGCCCUGAAGAAGCAGGUACUUCUGCUACAAGAAACAUAGGAGUAAAUUCAAGGUCAAGUUCUGACUCGAACACUUCUCUUUUCCUAGUCUAUGAACAAAACCCUCUGUACGAGGGUCAGGGCCCAGGGAAAAGAACAGACAAAUCAAUCAACGAACCAAAAGAUUUUGAUGUCCUGCCACCAUUAUACUUUGAUCUUGAAAGAGAUAGCCCUCCCACUUCAUGGACACGUCCAACAUCAUCUGUGGCCAGUGAUAACAAGACUAUAUUUUGGACUCCUCAAAACCACGUUGUAGACAAGAAGUUUCAGAAAACAAAAAACAACAGUGUUAUUCAAAGAACUAAAUCUCCAACUUCGAAAACCUUACUUGAGAAUUUUAUACGUUGUGAUCAAGAGACGAGGACAAAUGAACUUGGGUUUGACCAAGCUAAAAGUAGAAGUUAUGUCCCCAACUGGGGCAUUAGAGAUAACUCCAUUCCUUUGGGCAGAACUACCUCUAUACCUCCUCCCUUAUGCUCACAGUGUCAGAAUAAAGCACCAGUAUUUGGAAAGCCUCCAAAACGGUUUUCUUACAAAGAGCUAGAGGAAGCUACUGAUAUGUUCUCAGAUGAGAGUUUUUUGGCUGAAGGUGGAUUUGGUGUGGUCCACAAGGGAAUACUCAAAGAUGGUCAGGUUGUUGCGGUGAAACAGUUGAAGUUUGGUGGCUCUCAAGCAGAUCUUGAUUUCUGCCGGGAAGUUCGGGUCUUGAGCUGUGCACAACACAGAAAUGUUGUCCUUUUGAUAGGAUUUUGUAUAGAGAGCAAUUUGAGGAUAUUAGUCUAUGAGUACAUAUGCAACGGAUCAUUGGACCUCUACUUACAGGCAGCAGAUGAGAGUAUGCCUUUGGAUUGGAACUCACGAUUAAAGAUAGCAAUUGGAACUGCACGAGGCUUACGCUACCUUCAUGAAGAUUGUAGAGUUGGGUGUAUAGUGCACAGAGACUUUCGACCCAAAAAUAUUCUCUUAACCCAUGACUUUGAACCUCUGGUGGCUGAUUUUGGGCUUGCUAGAUGGCACUCAGAAUGGAAUAUAGAUACUGAAGAUCGCGUCAUAGGAAGUUCAGGGUAUCUUGCACCGGAGUAUCUUGACGCUGGAAACCUUACAUAUAAAGUAGAUGUAUAUGCAUUUGGAAUUGUAUUAUUAGAGUUAAUAACAGGUAGAAGAAUUAGCGAGUUGGAACAGUUCAAUGGACAGUACUCGUAUCUUUCUGAAUGGUUUCAUCCCAUACGCAUCUUAGAGCCCAGUCAUAUCUUACAAAACGUACGUUCUCUCAAACCAUGCUUCGAUUCUGAGGAAUCAUUGGAAUUUAAUCUUCAGUUGCAAGCCAUGGCACGAGCUGCUUCGUUGUGUCUUCGUGUGGAUCCUGAUGCCAGACCCCCAAUGUCAAAGAUCCUGAGAGUGUUGGAAGGGGGUGAUCCCGUUCGUCCUAUGGGUUUAGACAUCAAUUCAGUUGGUAACACAAGUGGCCAUUUAAGAGGUUUGAAGUCACACACUCCACCAAAAGGUACAAUAAGUCAUUCUCGCAGAUUAUCACAUUGAUCAUUAAUUCCUUCGGCUCUUGAGCUAGCUAUAGGAUCUAUUGUUGGCAAUAUAGUUCUGUUUUGAGCUGCAUAGGAUCAAUUAUUCAUUUGAAGCUGCAUAGGAUCUAUUGUUGGCAAUAUAGGAACUCUCGUACGCUUAUAGAAACCUUCAGACAAGCACAGCACUUGGUGGCAAGUGGUAAGAACUAAGAAGUUAUUGUCUUAGCCUAGCUUCUCAUUAAAUAAAAAAAAGAUUUGUAAUUUGGCGGGGUUUUUGGAGCCUGUAGUUCCUAACUCGUCAUUUGCCUAAUAGCAAAAAAUUCAUUCAACAGGGGAUGUUUCUCUUUGCUCUAUUUUCUCUUGGAUCCGAAGGCAACUCCCUAAAUUGGUUGGUGACCGUAUUUUCUUUUUAUUAGAAGAAAAUAUAUUAAUUUUGAAUACAAGGGUACUCAAGUCCUUUACAAUUAGUUUGAUUCUAUGUUUUUGCCAUUAUAGUAUCUAUUUUCUCCGUGUUAUAUUAACAUUUCAAGCAACAUUUUUUGAGUAAAAUGGAUAGAUAGUUCUUUGCUCAA